AACAUGUUUUCCUUCUAAUACACACAGUAUGUAGUUUGCAGCAAUGAUUUGUUUUUCUUUGGAACAUGAAUGUCUAUCACCGGAAGUUGUUAUUUCUGUCGUAUUAUUGUGUCAUGUAAUGUGACAUGAAUGUAAAAAAGAAUCCUGAAGUCAUUCAUAUUAAGUUUCAUAUCAUCUUACACUCUUUCAUUUCUUCUUUUCUUCGUUGAAUCUGUCCUUCUUUCUUUCCUCCUUCAGCUGAUCUAAAAGCAUGAAAAACCUCAAAAUUGGAUAUUUCUUCACUCAACUGUGACACUUAUUGUCACUGUGAGAAAACUAUAUGGCAAAAAGCAUGCAGACACCCUUGUUGCUUUCUACCAUCCUUCCUGUAUUUCCAAAGCUACAUAAUAAAGUUCUAUUGUGGGGCCACUUCAAACUGACUGUAAAUAUGUGAAUGAGGGUCAGGAAUGCUGACAUGGUUCAAACUGCUCCAUCUCCUGUAAUGAAGCAGAACUACUAACCCCUCCCUUUCCUCAGAGAACUUUGACUGUAUACGUCCUGGUUUCUGCUGAUUUCACAGAUCUAUAAGUUUGGAGAUGGGUGUAACCAACAUGCUGUAAAGUGCAAGAGCCAACAAGCCACUUUACUGCAGAUCAAUGUGCAAAAGGAAAGAGAGGUUUCGCUGUGUGUGACGUUUUUGCUAUGCAGAGCUCCUUUGCUAUGAGGAAAGUGAAACUCAUGUGACUUAAACCAUCACUGAGAGGUGAAAUGGCGCAGCGAGGAAAUCAAGCAGACAGAAUGAAAUUCUGUUGUUCGAUCUGUCUGGAUCUACUGAAGGAUCCGGUGACUAUUCCCUGUGGACACAACUACUGCAUUAGCUGUAUUAAAACCUUCUGGGAUGGAGAAGAUCAGAAAAACCACAGCUGUCCUCAGUGCCAAAAGACUUUCAUACCGAGGCCUGACCUGGUGAAAAACACCAUGUUAGCAGAGUUAAUGACACAAUGAUGUGAUGAAGAUUUUCUGCCGCACUGAUCAGCAGUGUAUCUGUAUGCUUUGCUCCAUGGAUGAACAUAAAGGCCACGACACUAUCUCAGUUGCAGCAGAAAGGACAGAGAAGCAGAAGGAGCUCAGCGCAAGUCGGCAAAAUAUCCAGCAGAGAAUCCAGGAGAGAGAGGAAGAUGUGAAGGAGCUUCAACAGGAGGUGGAGGCUAUCAAUCGCUCUGCUGAUAAAGCAGUGGAGGACAGUGAGAAGAUCUUCACUGAGUUGAUCCAUGACAUUCAGAAAAGAAGCUCAGAUGUGAAGCAGCUGAUCAGAUCUCAGCAGGAAACUGAACUGAAUCAGGUCAAAGAUCUUCAGGAGGAGCUGCAGCAGGAGAUCAAGGAGCUGAAGAAGAAAGACGCUGAGCUCGAGAAGCUCUUACGCACAGAGGAUCACACCCAGUUUCUGCAAAAAUACCCCUCGCUGUCAGGUGUUUGUGGAUCUGCAGGCUCUCCCAGAACCAACAUUAAUCAUCUGUGGUACUUUAAGGAUGUGAUGGCAGCUGUGACAGCAGCCAGAGAUAAACUGCAGAUCAUUCUUAGUGAGAAAUGGCCACAAGCAGAGCCGAAGACCAGAGCUGAGUUCUUACAAUAUUCACAUCAGAUCACACUGGAUCCAAACACAGCACACAGUUUUCUGGUUUUAUCAGAUGGGAACAGAAAGAUAACAUUUAAUGAUAAAAAUAAACCAUAUUCUCAACAUGCAGACAGAUUCACUUGUAUAUCUCAGGUCCUCAGUAAAGAUGGUCUGACUGGACGUUGUUACUGGGAGGUAGAGAGGAGCGGGGAUGUUAAAAUAGCAGUGGCAUACAAGACUUUUGGCAGAUCAGGGGACUUUAAUGCACAUGUAUUUGGAUACAACGAGAGGUCUUGGACCUUACGUUGUUACACUGGAUACAUGUUCAGACAUAAUAAGAUCUCAGCUGCCAUCUCAGGCCCUCAGAAUAGGAGUGUACCUCGAUCACAGUGCAGGUAUUCUGUCUUUCUACAAUGACAAUGACUCUCCUCUACAGAGUCCAGACCACAUUCACUUAGCCACUCUACGCUGGACUUAUGCUUUGGUUUAAUGGAGACACUGCUGAGUUGUGUGAGUUCAAGUAGACACAGGGAUGGUUAAUGUUUAUACCUGAUUUAUGACCAUCAUACUACAUAUCACAUUGACAUUUUAGUGCUGCAACUGAGGUGUUCAUAAAAUUCAUUACAGGAAGAAUGUUUGAAAUACAAACUCACCAAAAGGUAGAAAAUCGUUUUAGUGACUUUAAAAAUCAAAAAAACAACAUCAGGUGUGUGCUAAGUUGCAAAAAAAAUGACUUACUAUGACAAAGAAAGGUGUUUACAUUGGUGGUCAAAAGCAAUACUAUCAAUAUUAAACCGGUAGUUUCAUUUACACCAUAUAGCUAUACAGUAUAAAUAUAUAAUGUAUAUCUCAAUGAAAAUGUAUUACAUUUUUCACAUGGCUAACAAUCACUUGACUUUCAAUUUUGCUGCUCUUCAUAUUUUUCAUGUUUGAUAAAUCUGGUUAAUAAUAAUACGAUAGUUGUUUGAAGGUUUUGUGAUAAUUGUUUUACUGAAUACAUCAUUUUAUAAUCUCUGCAUUUCUGUUUAAUAAUUUUAAGGUGACAGCUAAAACAAUUGUUUAUUAACAUCCAGUCCUCUGAUGCAAUUUGACAAAGUCACCCUGAUGUUUUUUUAAUUACUGUUUGUAUAAUGGCAUGAUUUUGGUGUUUGUGUUGGAUAAAUUUCAUAGGUGGAACCAUUGUGUUGGUGUAAAAUACAGUGGUUGUUCAUCAGUGUUAUUCAUCAGUGUUUCUGAUGAAUAAUAAAUAAAUCUAAUAAAUCUGUGCCUUAUUGUUUACAUUUACAGACAGUUUUUUUCUUUUUUGAGUGUGACCAGUCUCAUUCUUGUAAUCAUCCAGCCUUUGUAAAGACAAUCUAACAUAUACAAAAUAAAAUAUAAAUCACGAUUUAGUAGAUGUGUAUUCACCAUGUGAGCUGUAUCAAUGAAGAAUGAAUUAAAUCCAGAAAACAAAUAAGAAACAUGAACGUUGCGUAAAGUUUGAUGUGAAUUUGAUGUUUUGUGGCACUAAAAAUGUUGCAGUUCAGCUGCUAACUCUUGAAUUACAGAUGUCAAAAGGUUCCUUGAAUGCACCAAGAGUUACUUCUCAAUUUAGUAUUUUAUUCCUGUCUUGUACUGCAUUCAUUUUCCACAGAAAAAAAUGGAACAUACUUAUGACCGACCAGAAAGUAACAUCCUCCUAUCUUCCAGGCUGUAAAUGCUAUUUGGUACUUCAAAAUGUGGGAACAGUACAGUGCAGUAUUGUCUCUGAGUAUACUAUAUGGCAAAAAGUAUGCAGAAACCCUUGUUAAUCUCUACCAUACUUCCUGUAUAUUAAAAGCUCCACAAUAAAUAUUUAUUGUGGGGCAGAGAACACUGCCAGCUCAAACUGACCGCAAAUAUGUGAAUGAGGGCCAUAAGUGCUGCCAAGGUGCAAACUGCUCCAUCUCCUGAAAUGAAGCACAACUAUUAACCCCUUCCUUUUCUCAGAGAAGAAAUUAAUUAAUAAUAAUAUUAAUAUUACUUAUAUUAUGUGAUAGUUGUUUGAAGGUUUUUAUGAUGAAAAUUGUUUGACUGAAUAUAAUACAUAAUUUUAUUAUCUCUGCAUUUCUGUUCAAUAAUUUUAAGGUGACAGCUAAGUUUCAGGCUUUUCCUGUGUGACUUACAGAGGUGGAAAGUAACUAAGUAGAUCUUUUUCCCUGACUCCAGGGUGGUGCCCAUCAUUAUUAAUUAUUGUUAAUAAUUUCUUUUGAUUUUAAUAAUUAAUAAUUAUCUUUGAUAGUCAUUCAUUAUUGCUAGCCAUACCUGUAACCAAGGCCCAACAAAAUGGUGCCCAGUGUGAGGCGGAGUAUUGUUGGCAAUUAUCAUAAUUGUGCAUAUUAGUUUCAGCAUAAUUUCAGCACAAUGAGCUUGUUUAGUAUUGACAAUAUGAAACAUGUGAUAGUGAGAUUUGGAAUAAGCCAAAACUUAGGACAUAUGGUUUAAUUAGGAUUUUAGUGAACUUUAGUCGAAUUCUAUUAAAUUUAAUCAUCCUAAAAAGAGAAGAUCUCUGUGUAAUAUCUUACCAUUACAUUUGGAAACCGGAUGUCAUGUUUGUAUUGAGGAACAGGAUUUGCUUUGUCAGUUAUGUGAGUUAAAUAAAGUAGAAAAUGAAAAGCAUUUUGUUUUAUAUUGUCCUUUGUAUCAUAACUCCAGAAAGAAGAUAAAUGAGAUGACUUUCUUAUGGAAGACGUUGAAAUUAUGAAAACAAUUUUGCUCUGUGUGAGCAUUUGGACAAAGUCUGGUCAUUUAGAAAAAAUGUUUUCAACACGUAGCUUUUAUAUUGUUUUGGAUAAUUUUUUUGUUUUUCUGUGUAAAACAUGU